ACGUAUUUUGACUUUUUGAUCAGUUAUUAUAGAUUUUUAAAAGCGGUAUGAAGAAGACCAACUUCAAACAUGUUUUUGUAUUUCUGGUCAUGAUCGUUGAAGGUGGUCAAUCGUGUAAAAAUGGACCACAAGAAAACACGUCACCUAGAAUUUAUUGCCCGUCGGUUUUAAGUAACUGGGUAGUGCAUAAAGGAGCGGUCAAAGGGGUAAUAUCUUGGAAUGCUCCAUCUGUGUAUGACAAUGAAGAUUCUUACCCAAGUUAUUUUCAAACAGACGGCCCCUCAUCUGGGAGUGUUUUUACAGAAGGAUACUAUUAUAUAAGGUAUAAAGUAUAUGACUCGAAAUAUGCAAGUGAUUACUGUUCUUUUUCAUUUACAUUAAAAGUCCGCAGAUGUAGCCUUGAUCAUCUAAGUAUCUCAUAUGGAUCUGUCACGUGCUACAACGCAGAGGAAAGGAAUGUUUAUGGUAGCCAGUGCUACUACAGCUGUGACACUGGCUACCGACUUGUUGGUAGCUCCAUGGCUGAGUGUCAGGAGAACGAAUACUGGAGUCAGUCGAAACCUUCUUGCACGUUGGUGGUGUGUGGUUCGCCUCCUUCAGUCUCCUAUGGCAAUUUCUACUGCAACUCCUACUCCUACGGCAUCACAUGCUCGUUGUCCUGUUCUUACGGUUAUUAUGGGUCAAGUAAAAUCACGUGCCAAGCUAACGGUUACUGGAGCUCAGCUGGAUCCUGUAGAGACGUGACCCCGCCGACCAUUAACUGCGGACCGGAUGUUGAAGUGUAUGCAGGGCCGAAGCGCGGGAAAGUAAGUGUCGUCUGGUCCGCGCCGUCUGCUUCAGACAACUCCGGUCACGUGACUGUCAACAGUGACUUGAUUUCUGGAAGUUUCUUUGACGUAGGUGAACAUAAGGUCAACUUCUACGCGACCGAUAACGCUGGACAAGUGUCACGUUGUGUCAAGCAGAUCUCAGUUAAAGUGAAAGUGUGUCCAGUCUUUGAGCCGCCCCAGAACUCGACCACCUUCUGCUCCCACGAGAAUGUGUUGGGGUCAGAGUGCACGGUCCUGUGUCCCAGGGGCUUCCAGCUGGUGGGUGACGCUCUCCACGUCUGCCAGGACAACAGCCUGUGGAAUGGAACUGGAGCUGCUUGUCAAUUGAUGAACUGUACUCCGCCUGUGAAAGUCUCUAAUGGACAAAUCAACUGUCCUAACGGCAUCAGAUUCCAAGACGUCUGUUACCUGACCUGUCAGGAUGGGUUCUCGCUUAAUGGAAAAGAAAGCAUCACUUGUACUGAAGAUUUAACUUGGACAGAGAGUGGUUUCUGUAUAGACGUACAGCCGCCAGUUUUUGUUGACGGUUGCCAUGGAGAUAUCCAUAAAGAGGCUGCGAGUCUGGGAGAAGACACACGUGUGGUCUACAACUUCCCUCGUGUGUCGGACAACUCUGGUCAGUUCCUUGUGUCCGGACACCCACAGUCAGGGUCAAGGUUUCAGGUCGGCGUGACCCUAGUGACACUGACAGCAGUGGAUGUCAGCAACAACAGUGUCACGUGUUCGUUUCACGUCAAUGUCACGUACGUUUCAUGUGAGGACCCACAUAUUGACCAAAGUGUCAGCAGUUUAAUGGUCUACGACUGUCCCAGUGGUCACGUGUUGGGCGCCUUCUGUCAGCUGACAUGUCAGGAUGGCAGUGACGUCACGGGUGCUAAGUCGAUUUGGUGUUCGAGUUUAACAAACGGAAAUGUCACGUGGACUUGGUCGGAGAACACACGGCCAUAUUGUGGGGCCAAAGCCUGCAAGCCCCUGCCACCCCCAGACAACGGCGCCCUGAGCUGUGACGUCACCAACGGCACGAGCCGAGUGUGUGUGGUCAUGUGUAACGAGAACUUUGUCCGCCAGGAGGCGGCACCCAGCUCGUACAUGUGUAUGUCGUCAAGUCAGAGCUGGUCACCCCGGAGCUUUGUCCCCAACUGUCUGGCUCGAAGACGUCCGGACGAUAUCACGACUACCCCCAGCUUCUACUACUUCAGCGGAGACUGCAGUAGUGACGUCAACGUGGUCAGGGAAAAAUUUAUCACGGCCUUGUCAAGUCUACAGCUGGUAGGAACUGAAGGAAAGUGUGACGUUCGAGAGGUCAAGGUCACUUGCGGCAGGCAGACCAAAAGACGAAGGUCAAAGAGGGAAUUUGUUUUUGUCUACCAGAUAACGCCAGUGAUCGCGAUCGAAAUGGAUCGUGAGCAGCCUGACUUCAACCAGGUAAAAACUUCCUACAGCGUUAUCGUGGAGUCUAUCAAUGAGCAGCUGGCAAACAUGUCCACUUCCGGUAACCUAGACCUUCUAGGGGUCGGCUCGGUCAGCGAAUUUGAAAAUGGACGACUAGAGUUAAGAUGUGAGCCUGGCACUAGACUGAUGGCGGACAGCUGGGCAUGUGUUAGCUGUGGCCAAGGCUACAUCUACGACACAAAGACAGACAAAUGCAGGGAAUGUCCUAAAGACACCUAUCAGGACCAGGACAUUGGGUUCACCUGCAAGCCGUGUCCUACAGGUACAACGACAGUCUACAUGGGGUCAGUCAGUCUCAAGCAAUGUCAAGGACACUGUCCUGCUGGUCACUACUCAGACACGGGGAUGACGCCAUGCCAGAAAUGUCCGGCUGGAACCUACCAAUCAGAGCGUGGCAUGCACGUGUGUGACCUUUGCCCUUUCGGAAUGUCCACACCUCAGACAGGAACGACCUCCGCAUACGAUUGUCGAUUCGCUGCCGUCAGACUAGACGAGAACAGCCCAGGUCCAGUUAUGCAGGUCCAGGACGAAUCACCUGUCACUUUCACCUUCAUGACCUGGCUAUCCGCUGACGUCACAAACAACGUCACAAGGCUGAGGUUGUCUCUGGAACAUUCCACGGUCAACACGAGCUGUGCUGGUCUGGUGCUGGGUCACGUGACCAUCUGUCUGUACACUGACGUCACCAAUCAAACAAGAGACUGGACGCAUGUUGGUUUAGUGUAUAACAAUGGGACGUUAAAAGUUUACGAAAACGGACACGUUCGCAGCUGGCUGCACCAGGAAUUCGGAGAUUUGAGGAGAAAAACUAUCCGCUUCACCAGUUCAGGGGACAUUACUUAUCUGUUGGCCAGUGGUGUACAAAUGACGUUAACAGAGUACACAGAGCUGCAAAUGUUGGAGUUCGCAAGUUCGUGUCUGGCUGAGGUGGAUAACAACAUCCUAGCUGCCAACUCGACCACUGAGUUCCACGUCAGCACUUGUUACGCGGCUGUCAAUGGUGCAUGGUCCAAGUGGGGUCCGUGGUCGGCCUGUGACGUCACGUGUGGUCAAGGUUUAAGAAGAAGAACACGGUCAUGUGACAGUCCACCCCCAGACAAUGGCGGUGACUUCUGUCUUGGAGAGCAAGAUGAAACGAUAGAUUGCAGUUCCGUCAGCUGCGUUUCAGAUUUCAACUUACUGUCCGAAAAUGAGAGUAAAGGUAAGCUGUUCGCACAAGAGGAAAACAAAACAGCAGAAAUCAACAUGUUAAGCAAUACGAGCCAUGAAACUACGAAUAAUAAGGACAUGUAUGAAGAAAUUAAAGGAAACCCUGCACAUUUGCAGGAAAAUUUCAGUGAUUUUGAUGAAUGGGUACAAACGAUGACCACAGCAAGUAAAAUGAGUGAAACUACCAGUAGCUUCAGUCAUGUGACUGUAACAACUGUUGAGGAGGAGAAAUUUGAUUUAGAUCACAUUCCUGCUCUUAAGGCCAGAGAAGAUCUUGAAAUGAUUACAACCAAACAUUUGUAUGAAUCUGCUAUCGGAGAAGACAACAACACUUUGUUUAUAGAUCAUAUUGUUGAUUCUAAACUCGGAUUGGAGAAUACCACUUUUUUGGGUGAAACGUAUGUCUCGACAGUCGGUUCAGAAAAUACCACUAUUUUGGGUGAAAUGUAUGACUCCAAAGUCGAUUUAGAAAAUACCACAAUUUUGGGUGACAUUUAUGACUCGACAGUCGGUUUAGAAAAUACCACUAUUUUGGGUGAAAUGUAUGUCUCAACAGACGGUUUAGAAAAUACCACAAUUUUGGGUGACAUAUAUGACUCGACAGUCGGUUUAGAAAAUACCACAAUUUUGGGUGACAUUUAUGUCUCGACAGUCGGUUUAGAAAAUACGGAUACAAGAAUGUUGACUGACAAAAGCUAUAUAGAUUCAACUACUGAAGGUUUAAAAGAAAAUGAUUAAAACUCUCAAGAUAACCUACUGUAAGAUAGCUAUAUAAAAGGAUUCAAUUCGUGAAAUUAAAAUCUUUGCUUUCCGCGAAAUAAAAUGUUCUGAAAUCUUAACAGGUUAAAACAAAAUGUUUGCCACAAGCGCAAUAACAAAUUGUAUGUGUUAUUGUAUUACCUUGUGUAGCUUUAGUUAAAAAACAUAAUCUGCAACAAACCAUAUUGAACUUAGACCAGCAAUCGUUAUGAACUUUACUGUAAUUUUAUGACAUGUGGCCUAGCUUUUUGUUUAAUUCUCAAUACUGACUUAUAAUAUCAUUUUAAAUUUUAUAUUCUAAUAAUAUCAGAUUUUUAAAUAUUAUUAAUUCUUUAAAAAUAGCAUGAUGAUAAAAAAAAUUUUUUUUUUAAAAUAGCACAAUAUUAAACGUAUAUUUUAAUCAUUUAUCACAAUAUUCUGUUUGCAAAUAUUUACAUAUUUAUUCAGAUUUAAGGGGCACUAGUAAAAGCAAUUGCAAUGAUAUAUUGGUUAGAAGUUGCAUUUUAUUUCUAUGUUAAAAUAAUAUUAUAGAUUGGUACAUCAAAUAGACCUACUAGUCCAUAUUAUUUUUAUUUUAAGAUUUGUAAAUCUUAUUUAAUAUUUCUUAAAAGCAGUUACUAGUUAUUUAAUAACAGCGAAAACUGUUUAUUAAUCAAUCAUCGAAAUAAAUUAUCAUGUAUUUAAAAACUUAAUUGGCGUAUUAGUUUUCAACUUAGUUAUCUAUCACAAAAGAUGCACUUCAGAAAUAUAUUAUUUGGUUAGAUUUGAUAUUUUUAAUAAUCCAUUGUAUUAAAUGGCUGAA